AGUAUAUUUGCUUGAAAAAUCCGCAGUCACACUGGUCAAAACAUUAAAGUCGCAUUUUUACAUGGUUGAAAAAUGUUAAUUUAAGUACUUAAAUUGCCAAUAUUGAACGUUUAAAGAACGCCAAGAGAGUAACGCGCUACACAAGCCGCUUCGAACCGACGACAUCCCUCCCUCAGGUAGCACCAAUCCAACAAAUUCCAAGUGCAAUCCACAGAGAGAAGAAUCCACGAAGUAGUUGAGUAAAAAAAGGGCCAACAAACAAAAAAAUGGAUCGCAAGGCUGAGCUGGAAAGAAAAAAGGCCAAAUUGGCGGCCCUGCGCGAGGAGAAGGAUCGCCGGCGGAGGGAGAAGGAGAUUAAAGACAUGGAAGAGGCGGCUGGACGCAUUGGCGGCGGCGCUGGCAUAGACAAAGAUCAGCGAAAAGAUCUGGAUGAAAUGCUUUCAUCGCUGGGCGUGGCACCUGUCUCCGAGGUGCUGUCUUCUCUGUCAUCGGUCAACUCAAUGACGUCGGAAAAUUCCAAUACACAAACACCCGACGCCAGCCUGCAGGCGACGGUCAAUGGUCAAAACAGUGGCGGCAAGAAGCAACAGCCCUUGAAUCUGAGCGUUUACAAUGUGCAAGCAACGAACAUUCCACCAAAGGAGACGCUGGUCUAUACGAAACAAACACAGACGACCAGCACCGGGGGACAUGAGCGUGAUGUUCUUUCUUGCCACUCCUCGCCUCUGUCAGGAUAUAUGGAGGAUUGGUGGCGUCCACGUAAAGCUCAUGCUACGGAUUACUAUGAUGAAUACAAUCUUAAUCCGGGUUUAGAGUGGGAGGAUGAAUUCACAGGAGAUGACGAAGAGAGCUCCCUGCCCCAUUUGGACAAUGGAUUCUCGUCGAAGCUGCCACCCGGCUUUCUCACCCACGGCCUGCCCACGGUGAAGGAUGUCGCACCGGCCAUCACACCACUCGAGAUCAAAAAGGAGCACGAGAUCAAGAAGGAGGUCAACGAGCUGUCGGAGGAGCAGAAACAGAUGAUCAUUCUAUCGGAGGACUUUCAGAGAUUUGUGGUGCGUGCCGGGCGUGUCAUUGAGCGGGCCCUGUCGGAGAACGUGGACAUCUACAUGGACUACAUUGGCGCCGGGGACAGCGAGGAGACCAACGAUGAGCGCUCACACGCUCGUCUCUCACUGAAUCGAGUGUUUUACGAUGAGCGAUGGUCGAAGAACCGAUGCAUUACCAGCAUGGACUGGUCCACACACUUCCCAGAGCUGGUCGUGGCCUCGUAUCACAACAACGAGGAGAGCCUCAAUGAGCCGGAUGGCGUGGUGAUGGUGUGGAAUACGAAAUUCAAGAAGCGCACACCCGAGGAUGUCUUCCAUUGCCAGAGCGCCGUGAUGUCCACCUGCUUUGCCAAGUUCAAUCCAAAUCUGAUACUCGGCGGCACGUACUCGGGCCAGAUUGUUCUGUGGGACAAUCGUGUGCAGAAGCGCACGCCCAUACAGAGGACGCCGCUCAGUGCGGCGGCGCACACACAUCCCGUCUACUGUCUGCAGAUGGUGGGCACCCAGAAUGCGCACAAUGUCAUCUCAAUAUCGUCGGACGGCAAGCUGUGCUCGUGGUCGCUGGACAUGCUGUCGCAGCCCCAAGACACCCUCGAGCUGCAGCAGCGCCAGUCGAAGGCCAUUGCCAUCACAUCGAUGGCAUUCCCGGCCAAUGAGAUCAACAGUCUGGUGAUGGGCAGCGAGGAUGGCUAUGUCUAUUCGGCCUCGCGGCAUGGCCUGCGUUCGGGCGUUAAUGAGGUGUACGAGCGGCAUUUGGGGCCCAUCACGGGCAUCUCAACGCACUACAAUCAGUUGUCACCGGACUUUGGCCACCUCUUCCUCACCUCGUCCAUUGACUGGACCAUCAAGCUGUGGUCCCUCAAGGACACAAAGCCGCUGUACUCGUUCGAGGACAACUCGGACUAUGUGAUGGACGUCGCCUGGUCGCCCAUUCAUCCCGCACUUUUCGCUGCUGUCGAUGGUAGCGGUCGUCUUGAUUUGUGGAAUCUCAAUCAGGAUACCGAAGUACCAACAGCCUCGAUUGUCGUUGGCGGUGCGCCGGCGCUCAAUCGUGUCUCCUGGACACCGUCCGGACUGCAUGUCUGCAUCGGUGACGAGGCCGGCAAGUUGUAUGUCUAUGACGUGGCUGAGCAUCUGGCGCAACCGUCGCGGGAUGAAUGGUCACGAUUUAAUGCCCAUCUCGGCGAGCUAACAAUGAACCAGGGCGAUGAGGUCUAGUAGCCUUAUCCAACGACGACGAUAAUGAUGAUGAAUGAUGAUGAAACGGAUAGUCGAUGCUCGAUUUCUGUAACCUCCUCCAUGGAAAGACUUCCUUCCCCAGCCCCUCCACCCUCUGCAGCCUCAAGCCCAAGUGGAAUGUAUUUUAUAUAUUGUGAGAGUGUGUGUGUGUGUUUUUUUUUAUAUCCCUUAUCCAUUAUGUCUGUGUGAUCCCGCUCCAUACUUGUGUAUAGCCCAGAACCAAUCAACCAGAAACGAAAACAUAAAACAACAAACAAAACCAGCAAUAAUGUGCAUUAGAAAGAGCAUUGAAUGAAAUUCGAAAACAAAAA